AUGGCUGACGCAGAGACCUCCGAGGCUGACGUGGCAAAGAAUCGGCAGCUGAUAGAAGCGUCGCGCGAGGGCGAUUUAACUACAGUACUGCAACUCAUCAACGCCGGUAUAGAGCACUCCUCCCCAAUCCUCUCAUACUCAGCACUUUCAAUCCUCUUCCGCUUUCCCUUAACGUCUCCCCUCCUCUUCCCCACCUUCCUCCACAAACCACCCCCACUCCGCCUCCCCUCCCGCCUCCCCCCCUCCCUCCCUUCUCACCCUCCCCCUACCUCCCCAUUCCCGCUUCCCCCGGCCCCAUUUCUCCCCUAUGCCCCCUUUUACCCCCUCAUUUUUCCCCCUCCCUCCAUGCCCUCCUUCUUCGUCAUUCCUCUUCCCGCCCUCUCUUCCCACACGUCCCUUCCCCCCCCCACCCAAAACCCGUCUUCUCAAACCCCCAGAGAAGGCGCUGACGUGGCGUAUGCUGACGUGGACGCGCAGGGGAAGACAGCCCUGAUGGCGGCGGCGGAAGGGGGGAGGGCGGACGUGGUGCGGGCGCUACUGGGGGAAGGGGCGGUGUGGAAUGCGGUGGAUAUGGGGGGGAAGAGCGCAGGAGACUAUGCAAUGGAAGGGGUGGUGGCGUGGGGGGAGGGGGCGGAGGGGGAGGAGGAGAAAAACGAAGAGGAAAGAACGAGACGACAAGAAGUGCUAGAUACACUGAUUGAUGCUGGUAAGUCCUUAGUGGCUCAUUGGAGGCUGGGGAGGGGAGAGGGCGGAGGUGGUGUGGGCGCUGCUGGGGGGGGGGGGGGGCGGUGUGGAAUGCGGUGGAUAUGGGGGGGAAGAGCGCAGGGGACUAUGCAAUGGAAGGGGUGGUGGCGUGUGGGGAAGGGGGCGGAAGAGGAGGAGGAGAAAAACGAAGCGAAAGCAAGAUGA